AUGGUCUUCGAAAGUCAGCUUUCUCUGACCCACUUUGCAGUCCGAGGAAUUCCUGUACCUGGAGUGCGUGCUUUAUGGUGUGCUAGUAUUAAAGGCCACUACCGGAUAGUUGAAUUUCUCCUUUCCAAAGGGGCUAAUCCAAAUGGCGUUACUACUUUCGAAAGCUCUCCGUUGCGAGCAGCAUGUGAGCAAGGCCACCUCCAUACUGUCAGACUGCUUGUGCAACACGGAGCAGAUAUUGAUGCUACUAAUGAAAGCUCUGUCACUUCUCUGAUGAUAGCUUCCUUCUACGGCUAUUUGGAAAUUGUCAAGUGCCUCUUAGAUGCUGGUGCUGAUGUGAACAAUAAAAAUAAAAACGGGAAAAGCGCACUGCAUUACUGCUCAGAAGCAGGCCAUGUGGAGGUCAUGAAAGCGUUGCUGGACCACAACGCUCUGAUGGAUGCUGACAGCACUGAAAUAAAACCCUUGCUGGUUGCAAGCAGUCGCGGUUACAAGGACAUGGUAGAAUAUCUAGUGACCAGAGAUGAUUUGAUAACUAUAAGAGAAAAAAUCGAUGCAUUGGAGCUACUUGGAGCUUCCCUUUUCAUCGAAACGGAAGAUAUGGUCACUACAAUCAACUACUGGACAUCAGCAAUGAGUCAGAGGUAUGUUAACGGCGCCCUGAUUUAUCCAAAAUCUGAGGAUAAUUUGUCAGUACUCACAAUAGGACUUCAGUGA